AUGUCGACUAAGAAGGAUCGCAGUAAUCCCGACUCGUCUGUAGACACCGCAAACAACUCGGGUAGUAGCCAUAGUUCAACAAGUUAUAACCCCAACGUACGGCGUUCGCAGGGCCGCUACCUCGUGCCCAUUAGCCCGUAUGGUUGGUAUCGUGUCCUGGUCUACAGCCAGUACAGCGGCUACACCGUGGAGCAGGUGAUGGAAAAACUCCGUGAGGCUGUGGCGCCGCGCAAGCUCAAGUAUUACUAUUUACACGAAGGCGGCGAACAGGAUGUGGAGCGGGACAAGCGGGCCACGUUCACCUUCUAUGUGGAUAGCUACAAGCUGGCCGCGGAGCUGCAGCUGCGUGGACACCAGCCGCCAGUUGUGGGUCUGCGCGUCAACGAUCGACCGCCCCUGAUCGAUGUGGACGAGGCGUACAAGUGGAAGCUGCGAAAGGUGAUAAUGUCCCGCUACGAUGAGAAGAGGCGCUGCUUGAAUCUGUGUCGCUUCUAUGCGGAUGACCAGUGGAAGGGCGAGUUCUGUGCGCUGCAGCAGUUCGAGUGCUUCGCGGCGACCAUGGACAUCAUGGAGCGGGAGUUGCCGCAGCUGCGUCGUCUGCUGCUGGACAACAAUCAUAUGUGCCACUUGGGUGGCUUUCGUGGCGUGGAUCAGCGACUGCCACGCCUACACUCGAUCUCGCUGCAGCAAAACGACCUGAAGACGCUGCGCGAACUGCGCGUCUUCCAGCGCCUGCAUCUCACCGAGCUCUCGGUCAAGCGGAAUCUGCUGCCCCGCAACUACGAGCAACAGGUUCUCGUCAUGUUUCCGUCUCUGUGCAUGCUCAACGGCCGAUGCGUGAGGCGCAGCCCCUCGAUACACACAGUCAACGUCAGCGAAAGCGAUGCGGAUAGUAUUCAUAAUACCGACAGCGAUGUGGAGCUAGUCUCCGUCACCGAGGUCAAGCCAAUUGUCCUGCCUGAACCGCGCGUCACGUUUCUGGCUUUCCACGAUCUACCGAUGCCGAUGGGCGUCAGGAAGUUCGUGCGCCGAUAUAUAAAGGCCUUCGAUGGCGAUGAGAGGAUCACAAGUCUGGAGCGAUUCUAUCAAGAGCAUGUGCUGGUCUCCCUAACACUGGCCAAGGAACACGCCAUGCUGGGCUCAUGGACCGGGCCCUACGCCGUCUAUAGCCGGCAGCUGCUGGCCUGCCGGGAAGCUACGCUCGAUAUGUUUGCGGCCUGGCCCAAAACAUUGCAUUUGCCGGGAACGAUGACCCUGGACUUGACUCUAGUGGAGCCGCUCAUGCUGUGCGUCUCCAUCACGGGCAGCUUUGAGGAGAAUGGCUCGGCCAGCCAUCGACGCCACUAUAUGCGAAGCUUUGUGCUGACCAGAAAGGCCGAAACGGACGACUUUCGCAUAGCCAAUGAGCUCAUCUAUCUCAGUCGUGUUGGCCGUGGCGAACGGCAGCCGCCCCUGCUCAAUCCUCUGCAGCGCAAUCUGGUCUCCUUGAUGUCGACGGAGACGCAACUCAAGUUGCGCUGGAGCAGCAAAUUCUUGAGAGAUACGAAUUGGGACUAUCAACAGGCAAUGCUGGCAUUCCACACACUCCUACGACAGCGCCAGAUACCCGAAAACGCAUUCAGGUGCGAUACAAAGACCGAGCCGAAUCCGUGACGUCAGCCACCGCAAGCCGUAUACCCGAUGUGCCCGCAGGGAAAUUGAAAAUUCCACUGAUUAUGCUGAUUAAAUUUUGUUUUGAACUGAAUGUAAGGGCAUUAACUGUGCCUUGACUAUGCCAAUAAGGAUGUCCCUGCGCUCUGUGAAUAAUUUCAUAAUUUAUUUGCUCAAUUCGAUCUAUGCUAUGUGGAAGACAGCCAAAGUUUCUUACAACUGGUAAGAUUGUGAA